AAAACGUCGCACAAUUUCCGAUUCCCGUUAUCAAUGUCUCAGUUUGGAGCAAAGAAUCCAGCUGCAUGGGCUCGUCCUCCCGGAGGGCAGCAACUGAAUGCAGGACUAUUUCAAAGUCCGUUGAUCGGAGGUCAGGCAGCAUUUGGUGGAGUGCCGCAAAUGGCCGGUAUGCCGGCAGGUAUGAUCAAUGCGGCUGCAUUCUCACAACAAGCUGCCGCUAGCAUCGGCAUGAACCUGAGUAUGUUACAGUCACCGCAACAAGCUGCGAUCCGCAUGCAAACACAACAACAGAACAUUUUUAUACUCAACAAUUUGAUUCACUUCAAAAAUGUUCUGUUCGGACAAUGCACAAACAACUUUCAGCAGCCACAGCAAAAGAAUCGAACAUUCUCAGGUGUUGUUACAAAAAUGCAUGACAGUUAUGGCUUCAUUGAUGACGAUGUCUUCUUCCAAGUCAGUGUUGUGCGAGGAACGUUACCUCGAACUGGCGAUCGUGUAAUGGUGGAGGCGUCGUACAAUCCGACGAUGCCGUUCAAGUGGAAUGCAUUCCGUGUUCAGUUGAUCUCGUCACCCGACAAACCAUCCGCACCUCAGAUGAUGCAGCAGUCCCACCAACAGCAACAAGCAGCACAUCUUCAUGCGCAUUCACUCGAGAUGCAGCAACGUUCAAGACAGAUGCAACAGCAGCAGCAGCAACAGCCAUCACUGAUGGGCAGUAUGCCGCCAUCGCAAAGAGGCAAUGCUGCACCGCCGAUGGGUGCUGCUGGUGGAGGUGCAGGUAUGGGCACGGGUGGUGGAGGCGCAUCGCCUUGGUCCAAUAAAAGCAUGCAAGGUUCACAUCAGAGUCCGUUAUCACGUCCGAGCGAACCGCAUAUGAGAGAAUCUCGUCCUGUGCAACGGUCACGUUCCCCACCGCCACAGAUGGCUCGUCGUGGUGGACCGAUGCCGGGACCGGACAGCAUUCAGAGCGGUCGUCGGAUGAGUCCGCCGAUGAGACGAUCAUCUCCUCCGCGUAAUCUUAUCAGACGUUCAACACCAAAGAGAUGUAUUGUGCAAUGCGAAAAAUUCAGAAGUCCGCCGCCCUCUCGGAAUGAGUUCAGUCGAAACAGUGCGAGUAUGAUGCGUUCUCCGCCACCGUCGAAGCGUAACUCUUCACCACCACCUCGUCGGCACGAUUCGCUUAAACGAGAACGAUCCUCGCCAAGUGGUUCGAUGAAGAAAGAAUCCGUGAUUCGUGACAGUCUAUCACCACCACGAAGACGUGCACGCAUCAUCCCCAGAUACCACUGUCAUAUACCCAAGCUGCCCAUCGCUAUGGCCAAUGUAACAACUAAUCAAAGUAUAAUACAACUACGAAGACGUUACGCAUCACUCUACAUACCAUCGGACUUCAUCGAAGCGUCAAUCGAAUGGACUGCAACAACGCCACUCGAUAACCCAAUUGCAAUUUCAACCACUCCGACCAUAUUUCAUGUGUUGCACAAAGAUGUCGAUCAGCCGAAAGGAGCUAAUUCUGAACCGAUCAUCCUCUCACCGCCAGAUGCUGACUCAAGAUUCAGUGCUAAGGUUAUUCUUCUGGCUCAUGGAGGUUUGUCAACAAUUCAACAGAAAGCCUACGGACUAAUGGCUGAUGGUUCAACGGAUGACGGUGCUGAUCCAACACCUCUAUCACGUUGUCUCAGUUUCCUUGUUGGAACGCGAGGCAAAGGUGAGAUGACCGCAUUGGGAGGGGCAUGGUCGAAGUCAUUGGACGGCGAUGAGCCAGAGAGUGAUCCUCAAGUGCUUGUACGUACUGCAAUUCGUACGGUGCGAGCACUGACUGGCGUUGACCUGUCAAAGUGUACAAAAUGUUUGGGUGAGAUAUGGGAUGGAUCAGUAGCAAGAUCGAGGGAGAUAUGUGCCGCUGCAUUCAGAUGCAGUGAUACAUCCAGGACAACGGUUGCCGUAAGAUAUGCUCGUUUGAUAUGCUCUACUGGAGAAGGCAGGUAUUGUUGCGUUUACAAAAGUCAAACUUACUACAUCUCUUGCAACAUCAGGUACAAAAUGGCACAGUUACGGUACCAUCGAGCUGAUAAAGAGCGGGUGGACACCAGCGUUUUGUUUUUGCCCGAUACGAGUACACUGAUGCCAGAUGAUGCGAGCUAUCGUGAGCAAUUAGCCGUUCUUAAGAAUCAACUGGCCACUAAGAUUGCUUCGAUAGAAGCGAUGAAACUGGAUGUUUCAACUGCAUCAUCAUCGGCCGUAUCGUCGUCGAACCAAGCCGACGAUUCGGUGGAUGUCUCGACAUCUGAAGGAGGUGCUACGUCUAAUGGUGCUGCUACUAAUGGCUCUGGUGAUCAGCAACAACCGCAACAACAACAGCAACAACAAGGCGACACUGGUUCUGCAGGGGAGGCAUCUGAGACUACCAAGCAGCAGGUGCGCCAACUCAAUACUCUCGUUGAAGUGGCUGCUGAGGAGGACGAGGACGAUGAGGAUGACUUAACGCCGACUCAUUGGUCAAAGCUUGACAUCAAGACGAUGAAGGUGGCUGAAUUACGGCAAGAGUUAAUGGCCAGAGAUCUGGAAACGAAAGGCAUCAAGUCAGUGCUGUUUGGCCGAUUGCAAGCGGCGUUGAAUGAGGAGAAAGCGAAGGAAGAAGGAAAAGUUGAGGAGGAAAAAGAGAAGGAGAUUGCAAAAGAGAAGGAACAGGAAAAAGAAAAGGAUAAGGAAAAGGUCAGUCGACAAAGGUAUUCGGCGAUCGUAGAUUUUGCUUGCAAUAUGCCUUUUAAUGAACUGUAUAUUGUGAUCCAGGUUGAGGAAGAAAAACCAAUAACUAAAGAAGAACCAAAAGAAGGGAAAGAAUUAACUGAAGAGGAGAAGAAAGCACUCGAAAAACUGGAGAAAGAGAAGAAGGAGAAGAAGUUAUCGUUGGAGCGACAUUACGCAAUGCCGAAAGAGACCGGCAUCCUUGUGCAUCCGAGCAGACUGGCGAAGGGUGGUAAAUUCGAUUGCAAAGUGGUGUCGUUGCACAAUCUGCUUGACUAUCGCAUCGACGAUUGUAAAGAGCACACAUUCGAGUUAGCGAUAAUGGUGGAGUGUAUUACGGAGAUGUUGGAUCGUAGUCAUGCAUUCGGUGUGUACAAAUCGAUAAGUUGUGCACUCGACAAAGACGCUGAAAAGAAACGUCGUAAUGAGGCGAAGAUUGUGGAAUUUUUGUUUGGACUUAUGAAAUUAUGCGCUGCAGAAGUGGACGAUAAAAGUAACGAUAAAUCGGAAGAACAAAAGAAGAAAGACGAAGAAAAACGCGAAGAAGAGCGUAAAAAGGCACUCGGUGAGCCACGAAAAGCGAUUGUGGUGAAUCGAUCUGCAUUCAGCGCAUUCUGCUAUUUCGAUAGGAAUCUUUGCGGAUAUUUGAUAGAGAAAGAUGUGGAAGAGAUUUUAUUGUCGAUUGGUCUGAAUGUUUCACGAGCGCAUGUGCAGAAACUGUUGAAGAAGUUAUCAUCGCAUGAAAAGAUAAACUAUCGACAUUUAACAGAUAGCUGGUUGACGAAGGAUGGCACUGUUCAAUACAAGCCAGGUGUUCUCGAUGAUGCGCCUGAUUUGGACGCACUUUGCAAAGGGACGUUGGUGAGUCCAUCGCAACACAAAGACAUGAUGAAGGUGAAUGGAACACCGGAUGUGAGUGACUCGGGAACGGUGCUUUUCAACGGAUCGUUGAUGAACGUUGUGCAGAUGAUCCAUAAUACGGAUAAUAUGCAAGCGGAACGCAAUAAUGCACUGCAGAAAGUGGACAUGCUCGAAGCACAAUUGAAAGAAAGUGCAAAGAAUUCACAACUAUUGGAGAAGAAGAAAAAACGAUUGGAAGAUGAUGUGGAUAAAUAUCGUAAGAGAUUGCACGAUGCUGAGAAAUGUCUUAAGAAUUCUGUGGACGAUACGGUGCAGAUGAAAUCAACAAUUCAAGAAUAUCGUAAAAUUGGUGAACGAAUGAUUGGACUGGCCGAAAAAAUAAUGCCGUCAACGAAGGAGGAUGAUCGCGAGGAACGUGAGUCGAGUAAACGUGACAAGAAGGAGGAUAAAGACGAGAAAAAAUCGUCGAAGAAAGAAAAGACAAAGGAAAGCGAGUCGUUAUCGAAAGCAACAACUGGAAGUAGCAGUGUGGUCGAGGAGAAGAAGGAACUGCAGUUAGUUGAUGAGAUUGUGGAUCAGGAGCAGAUGGACACGGAUGCGAUUGUGUUGAGUGAAGAGGUCGGUGACGAUGAGACGGCCAAAGAAGCCACCAAAGACGACUCGAAAGAGACGAAUGCUGACGUGAGUAGCAGAGCUGAUGAACCGAAACAAACUACCGAAUAA